AUGGACCAGCCUCAGGGGAUUUUCAAGAGAGUAGCACGCUAUGUGCCCUAUUUUCGAGACCCGAAGCAUGUCUUGGUGUUCAAGCUGGAUUGUUUACUCUUGACAUGGACGUUUAUUGCUGGAAUUUUGAAGGAGAUGGAUCAGAGUGCGACUGCCCAGGCUUAUGUCUCGGGGAUGAAAGAGUCUCUGCAAUUAUACGGGAAUGAAUUGGUCAACUUCAACACUUUCUUCUCUGUGGGAUAUGCUAUUGGUCUCAUUCCGGGUCAAUUGAUUCAAACAAAGGUCCGACCUUCCUUGUUCCUCCCAUUUUGUGAGAUUUCAUGGGGAAUCCUAGUUACCUGUAUUGCUCAAGCCCCAAAUGCCAAAACCAUAUAUGCACUCCGAGUCUUACUCGGGUUAUUCUCUGCAGUCUUCUGGCCUACAGCUGUAUCCAUGAUCUUCAACUGGUAUACACCCGCCGAGCUAGCCAAAAGAAUCGCCUUCUUCAACGUCUCAGAUGCAGCAGGUGGUAUGUUCCUGGGUGCUCUCCAAGCAGCCCUGUACACCAACAUGAAUGGGGUACAUGGAAUAUCCGGAUGGCAAUGGCUAUUCAUUGUCUCAGGCACAAUCACCAUCGGACAAGGUCUUCUGGGUCUUGUUAUCAUUCCAGACACGCCUUCUCUCACCCGCGCGAUCUGGCUCACAGAUGCAGAGAAAGACCUUGCGCGCAGGCGAAUGGCCGAGUUCGGCUCUAACACGUCAAACAUGAUCCCUACCAAGGUCGUGGUGCAGAAACUGCGGAAACUUAUCGUCCACCCAGUGACAUACUUCUUCCUAGCUGCUUUUGCCUUGAGCGCAUGGGCGAAUCGAGCAAAUUCUUAUUUCACGCUCUAUCUGGAGGGAUUGAAAGAUUCAGCUGGAAAUCUUCGAUUCAGCACGUACCAAGUUAACGUGAUUCCCAUGGGAGGCUACGCACUCCAGAUCCUAACCAAUCUGUGUCUGAAUGCGCUAUCAGACUGGAAACAAUGGCGAUGGCAGAUCAGCAUUGCUCCAGCAUUCCUGCUGGGCAUUGUAUUGAGUGUACUGAGUGCAUGGCCAUCAGAUUGGAGAGUGAUCCUGGUAUUCUAUUUCCUGACAUAUGCGACGAAUGCAGGAAGUCCGUCGCUUCUAGCUUGGGUGGCCGAGCUACUCAAGAAGGAACCAGAGGCACGGUCUAUUCUCGUUGCGCUGACUGUGACCAUUGUGUACAUUGGCCAUGCCACGAUUCCAAUCCGGGUUUGGAGAACGAGUGACUCCCCGACAUAUCCGAUUGGAUUCCCACUUGCUACUGCGUUUAUUUUCUCUUCUAUCUUCGUUCAGCUUGGUUUGCUUUGGUGGGGACGACGUAAUACUCAAUUGGCUGAAUUUGGUUAUGAGGCCUCUGGUGUCUCGGUCAGGAAUGAUGAAGAGAGUUCCGAGUUCAGCAAAGAUGGAUUGGGGCAGUUUGGAGGCGAUGCGAAGAAUGACAAUGUGAAAGUAUCAGCAAUCGAAACAUAG